AUGAUACGGUCGCAGUUGAUAUUGUUGGUGCUUGGUGCAUUUUCGAUCGCCGCCAUCGCCGCCACCACUUCCGGUCGAUUUAUUGAACGAUGGAAAAUACGCCGCGACGAGCGCGUGGUUCGCAGGCAUCGGUUGCGCGAGUUAAGUGCAUUAACCACGGGAAACGUUAUCCGGCUGCAGGAUCCGGCGGAAAGCUUCAACAGCAGCAACAACGUUACAUUACUACUAAACAGUCUGCAACAAUUGGAUUCAUCUUCCGAGGAUUUCUCCAACGCUAAUAUCAGUGAAAACGAUCUGGAACUGGCUGCCUUGGGGCAGCAUCAACGAACCUCAUCUCGGGGAACGAUCUUCAGGCAAAAUGUGAUCUUUCGGUUCUACCACGGCGAAAACCUCACAAAAACUACCAACGUCAAUGGUCAACCGCUACUGUCCGGAACCACGUGCUCUACAACGCAAAAGUUCUCGUUAAUAGUGCACGGAUGGCACGAGAAUUGUUACGAAACCUUUUGGGUUAAGGAUCUGCGGGAAAAUCUGAACAUUUACCGUGGUGGCUGCAUCAUCUGUAUGGACUAUUCCGUCUUUGCAAGUAACAACUAUCCGUACCUGUUCCGGCGGUUCAACGACAUCAGUGUAGUGCUGCUGAAGUUCCUACGGACACUGCAGUACGAGGGAAUGCAAUUCGACAAUCUGUACAUGUUCGGAUUUAGCUUCGGUGGUCAGUUGGUGCUGGAUGCCGGUAACCAAAUCGGGGUCAAUGCGAUUGAGGCCAUAGACACUUGCGACAUGGCGGGAGUGGGUUUCGAUCAGGAUCGCUUUUUCAAAAGAACUCACUUUCGAAAUGCGGCCAAAAAUGUACAAUGCAUUCACACUAGCACGGACAAGGGCACCAAACUGAUGGACAAGUGUCAUCAGGAUUGGCGCAUGGGCCAGUGCGGCUUUCGGCAGCCAGCCGCCGGGAAGCCUCCGCUGGGAUCGCAUGGGUUGUGUCCGGUUUUCUACAAUUUGGCGUUUAAAGUGAAGUUCUUGGCAGAGCACAAACCAGCCGAAUGUAACAUUUUGCGAGAACCAACGGCCGGCUAUCCGAGCGGAUACCAAAUGGGGUAUUUGGAAAAACGAAAAGGAGAGGUGAGGGGAGAGUUGUUUGCUCAAACAGCGGAAAAGUUUCCUUUUACAACAUUCAAUGAUUUGUGAUGCUGCUGAGAAACCGAUCUUGCGAUCAGUGAUGAGUCAUCUGUUAGUAAAACUCACUUAGAUCGAAAUUUAU